CCGACACACUUUACCAACACUCGGUACAAAGAAGUCGCACAAAUAUAUAUCAAAACAAUUCCAAUCCAUAUCUUAGUUUGCAUUGCUAUAAAUAUUGCUAUGAUGAGGAAGAAAAAUAGUUCAAACUAAAAGGAUUUGCAAGCGAAAUGUUCCAUUCUCCUUGUACGAUUUGCACUGAUUUCCUGACAUUGAAUAAUCUGGCUGCCUGCCCUUGUGGCCAUGUCUAUCAUGAUCAUUGUCUAGAGACUUGGCAUAAACGCAGUCGCACAUGCCCUACAUGUCGUAAGCCUUGUCCACAGAAUAUCAGACUCUUUUUCAGUGAUGUUCAGGAGCAUACAUCUUCUUCAGAUGAUAUAAUAACUGUGAAAAAUGAGCUUAGAAAGCAAGCAGCUUUAAACCUUGAAAAAGAUGCUCGGAUCAAAUCUCUCAAUAAAUCUAUCAAAGAUACCACUGGUACAAUUGAGGACUUAAAGUGUCGAGUACUGAAAUACGAGAAAGACAUUAGAGAUGAGAAAUCAAUACAAGAAACACUAAAGAAACAAAUUCAGUUCUUUCAAGGGAAAAGUAAACAUGUUGAAAAACUAGAGAAAAAGGUUGUGUUAUUAAAAACAAAUUUGGAGGAAUUGGAAAGACUUAGGAAAAUGCUGCAUGGUACAAGCGAAGAAGCUGAAGAUAUGUUAAGAAAUAUUGGAACUAGCUCCAAAACUGCAAGUGAACUGGCAGCACAACUUGUUAUUAUGAAAAGAGAAAAUGAGAAAAUGAGAGAGGCAAAGAAGAAAGCAAGUGCUGAGAAGGUGCAGCUGGAAAGAGAUUCUCAUUCCUUGAAACAUAAUCUAAGAGCGAAGGAAUUGGAAUGUAACCAGUUGACUAAAGAUAAUGAAAAUCUACAAGAUCAAUUAAAAGAAACUGAACAAGAGAAACUUAGUCUGAAAAAGAAAGUUGACAAGAUGCAACAGUCAUUUGCGACCUCCAGCCCCCGUGGAACAUUAAUCAACAGGUUGCUUCAAGAAAGUCCUGCACCUCUGAGCCUUGAUGAAACAGUAAUACUGUCGUCAGACACAGAUAUUGAUGAAAACGUAGAAUUUACAGAUGGCGGAACGGAAAGGAAAAGCGCCAUGCUGAAGAAACCGAAGGCAGACUUCACAUCUCCUGUUCAUCCUGGGGCAUUGCAAAGGAAUCGCAAGCGUUCAUACGUCGCGUUAGAAAACCCUGGUCGACUUAGUACCGGGUAUAAUGGUCUAGGCGGACACUCUACCGUUCUGUUGCCUUCGCAGGCUAAGAAAAUUAAGAAAGUCGCUAAACCACAAUCUGUGUCAAAAUUUGUCCGGACAAAAACGAACCCACCUUUGCCUCGAAUGUAAAUAAAGCCGCGUACAUAAAUUCAAGAACCUCGGUAUAAAUUAUAAUAUAUUAACCGUAGCUGUUGCCACUGACUCGGAAAGAAUAUGUACGAUAUUUUUGUUUUAAGUCACCGAUAACUAUUACAAGUUAUUUGUAACUAUUAAGUAACUAUUUCAAGACUUUGAAAAGUGGCAGCAGUAUAAACUGUAUAAAAUGAACGAUAGAAAAAUGAAUUAAA